AUGGCUGACCCCUUCGAGGUUCGCAUGCGCUUCACUACGCAGCUUCAACAUCUGAGCGCCUCCGUCACCUCUUCACAGAAAGCCGCCCAUUACGCCCUCAAAUACCGGGACAUGGACGAAGAUCUCCACUCCUGCAUUCUGGAGCAACUGGAAAUGAAUAGCAUGAACAACCGCGCCAACAUUAUGUACUUCAUCGAGCACCUAUGUGAUAUGGCCAGCAAAGAAAACCACCUCGAAUUCGUCCGCAUGAUCCAGCGCGAUAUCCUCCGCGUAGUCGACGCAGUCGCGCCAUCCGACGGCUCUGGCGCAGCAAAUGUUAAACACGUCCGCCGCGUUCUCAACGGCUUGCAAGCGAAAUCAUAUCUAUCUGCAGAUGCUGUUCGCGAAAUCGAUGCAUGUCUCAAGGAACGGGAAAGCCACCCGGCACAUAUUCUUGAUCUUGAGCAAGUAGACGGCCAGAGAGGCUCUGAAGGCGGCGAUUCGUCAAAGAGCAAAGGCUUUACGUCAAGGCCGGGCGGCAUUAAAGUUGACAAGCGCCAGAUCGAGCAGCGGAUCGAGGAAGAUAGAGAGCGGAACAAGCGCCUACGAGAGUCCAUGUGGGCUGUUCCGGGAAAUGACACGGAUGAAUUUGACAAGAUGUGGGAUGAGGUUAGUGAUCUUGGAGAAGACGAUUACCUAGCAGCGGAGGAGGAGGCUAUGGAGAGGAAACGCAUUGCGGAGGAGUAUUAUGAUGCUUGA